AUGUCAGCAACAUCUUCAUCAUCUGAUCAACACAAUGACACUUCAUCAUCAUCUGAUAAUAAUUUAAAUAAUAAUUUAAAUAUUUUAAAUAAUUUAAAUAUUAAAGAAGAAUAUAAAUUACCUUCAUUAAUAGAAUUUAAUAAUCCAUUAUUUAAAGAAAUACAUUAUGGACCAACAGAUACAUCUAAUUGGUUAAUACCUAAUCGUAUUUUAAUGUCAGCCUAUCCAGGUGAUUUAAAUUUAGAAAAAUCUAAAAUUAAAAUAUCACAAUUAUUAAAAAGUGGAAUUAAUUGUUUUGUUUGUUUACAAUUAAAAGAAGAAUUAAAUAGAUUUAUACCAUAUAAACCAUUAAUUGAAGAAUAUUGUUUAUUAAAUAAUUUAAAUAUUAAUAAUUUUACAUAUUUACAUUUAGAAAUACCUGAUAAUUAUGUUACAAGUGAUGAAAAGGUAAUGAAUUUUAUAAAUCAAGAAUUAUUACCACAAAUUAAAAAAGAAGAAAGUAAAUGUUUAAUUCAUUGUUGGGGUGGACAUGGUAGAACAGGUACAAUAUCAAGUAUUUUACUUAGUCACUUGUAUCAAUUAAAUUCACAACAAGCCUUGGAAAGAGUUGCUAAAGUACAUUCAUGUAGAAUUAUUAGAAAAAGUAGAGCACCUCAAUCACCUUCUCAAUUUAAACAAGUUAAAAGAUUAUCUUUUGGUUAUAUUAAAAAUAGUGAUGAUGAUAGUGAUGAUUACGAUGAAUAA